AUGCCUUCUUCAUUACGGUUCGGCUUAGGCCGCUUCGGCCUCCUUCUACUGGCCACCAGCCAGCUUGUUGUUGCUUCAGUCCCGCUGAACCUCUGCGCCAAGUUCAAUACGGCAGAGACUCCAAGAAACACGAGUAUCUACCAGACGAAUGGACUCUGUAAAGACUUUUGCACGAAAGACUAUGCGUACGCGAUCACGCAGGAACAGCUUUGCUGGUGUUCCAACUACACGCCGUCGAAAUCCGAUCAGGUUGAUAUGGACCAAUGCAAUAUUAAUUGUCCUGCUUAUCCCGAUGAAAAGUGCGGCGGCAAGGGCGUUUUCGGCUACGUCGAGCUUAACGCUCAUCUUCCUUCCGGGACCAGAGGCAGUGAUUCCAGCUCUGCUUCAAGUACUAGUGUAAGUAGCAUUUUCUCUUAUAUCACAAUGACCCCUGGCCCGACACCUGUCCGCUUCACCAGCAGUGUGGCCAGUUCCUCAUCUUCGACUUCCUCCACAACAACCACUACCACGUCGUCGUCGUCGUCUUCCUCGUCUACCUCAACUGCGGAUUCAUCAACACUAACGACAUCGAUAACACAACAGACCUCGAUGAUCCAUACCGUUACUACUGAUACUGGAGGUAUCAUCAAGACGGUUACUAUUAUGCCAACCGUCACCGGCGAUUUAGAGGGUGGCAGUCAAGGAUCAUCUGGCAGUUCAAGCAAGCUUGCAGGUGGUGCAAUUGCUGGGAUUGUCAUCGGCGUUGUCGCUGCGCUACUAUUUGGCCUGGGCCUGGCAUUCUUCCUUUACCGGCGCCGGAAACAGAACGAAAGCAAAGCUGACUACCAAGGCGACCCGAGCGUCCGUGGUAGUUCCUCGGAAAGAAUGAGCUCGAUUCGCCCGGAGAUGAGCAUGACAGGGGCAUCUGCAGCGUCGCCUACGCAGAAUAGUAAUCGAAACAGCACGCUGCAGAUUGACCCUCGUAUGGAUCCAUUCAAGCAGAAUCUAUACGCCCGCUCGGGAAGUCACGAAAGUAUCAACACUCUCCGAGACGAUCAUGAUUAUUCGAGGAGGAUACAACAACCGAAGGUUUUGAGGGCCACUAACCCCGACCCUGAGUAA